AGAAAACAAAACAUGUUACUAUCAAUCAUUUAUCGUACCAAAGCCAGUGACCCCUCGCUCUAAUUCAUUGGCUUCGUUCACUCCAUAUAUUGACUUACCGCUCCCUCUUUCUCCCUCACUUCACAUCUCUACUACAAUACUUCAGCAGCAGAAACCACACACAAAAAAACAUAAAUAAUGAAAGAAGAGAACAUCACCAGCAGGACAUGUGAGCGGUGCAAGACGUUUGGAGAGAAGUGUAGCCACAAAGUGAAGAAACAGAGAGGCAAGUUUUACAUCCUUGCCCGUUGUAUCGCCAUGCUAGUCUGCGGGCGUGAGCCUGACCGUGACCGAGACCGUGUUUCGAUUUAGACUUUUACCUUAUGUUUUUUUCUCUCUUAUUGUUUUUCUUCAACUUUCUCUUCUUUUGGGGUUUGCCCUUUUCACUUGUCCUCUAGGAUCAAACAUUUGAAGUAUGGUUGCUAUUUAUUUAUAUAUACACAUGAAUAUAUGAAAUUGAUGUAAUGCAUUCUUAGAAAUGCUUUAUUGAUUUGUAAUUUAUGUAUUUCGUUUGCCUUUUGAAUGGUAGCUUCU